UGUCAACACCCUCCUACCACACAACGUCCACUCCUUCCCUUAUUACAAAACAUUCACCCAAACCCUAUCUCUCUCUCUCUAAAACCCUAGUUCUCAUUCUUGAAGAAGCCACACUGUUCACUUCCAUCUCACCACUCUCCUUUUCCCCUGCAUUUUUCUAGAAAAAUCCUAGAAUUUUUCCCAAUUCGCUUCACAAUCCACUGCCCAGAAGUUCUACAAUCUUGGACAGCAGUCAGAAAGUUGGCAGCUCAAGGUUUUGGAUUUACUUGUUUGGUCUGUUGUUGAAUUGGGUUUUGUGGGUUUUUGUCGUUUUUAUGAUUCAAUUUUGUUGAAGAAAUGGCGGUUUUGUCAAAACCUGAGUCUGUUCAGAUUAGGGAAGUUUGGAAUGAUAAUGUUGAAGAUGAGUUUGCUUUGAUUCGUGAUAUUGUAGAUGAUUACCCGUAUAUAGCUAUGGAUACGGAGUUUCCGGGCACUGUUCUUGGCCCGAUACCCAAUUCCAAGAACUCUGUUGACUAUUAUCUUUGUGGCCUGAAGGCCAAUGUUGAUACUUUGAAGUUGAUUCAGUUGGGUCUGACAUUUUCGGACGACGAAGGGAAUCUUCCCACUUGUGGGACUGAUAAGUACUGUGUUUGGCAAUUCAAUUUUUGCGAAUUCAAUCUUGACGAGGAUAUCUUUGCUGAUGAUUCAAUUGAGCUUUUACGCCAGAGUGGCAUUGAUUUUAAGAAGAACAAUGAGAAGGGUAUCGAUGCUCGUUGGUUCAGUGAGCUCUUGAUGUCUUCGGGGAUUGUGCUGAAUGAUAAUGUGCAUUGGGUUACCUUUCACAGUGAUUAUGAUUUUGGGUACUUGCUCAAGCUACUUACUGGCCAAAAUCUUCCCGAUACACAAAAGGAGUUCCUCAAUUUGAUCAGAAUGUAUUGCCCAACCCUCUACGAUGUCAAGCAUUUGACGAGGUUUUGCAACAAUCUUCAUGGUGGAUUGAACAAGGUCGCUGAACAGUUGAAAGUUGAGAGAAUCGGUAUCAGUCAUCAAGCUGGUUCGGAUAGUUUGCUUACUUGUUGUACAUUCAUGAAGUUGAAAGAAAAAUACUUUAAUGGCUCACUUGAGAAAUAUGCUGGUGUGUUGUACGGUCUUGGAGUUGAGAAUGGACAUAAUAUGCACUGAAGGAAAAAGUAUUAAUUCAUAGAAAAUUUAAAUAAGAAUAUAUUUUUGGAGUACAUUUGCGUGUAUGAUUCCUUUUGUUAGUGCUCUGACAAUUUUCUUCUCAUGUUUAUUUUUCCUUUACUAGAAUUGCUUAUAUUUCCAAUUGAGUCAUGCGACAAACCCAGAAAUAUAUACCCAAAAGUUACCCAGAAUUUACAAUAUGUGGUUGAGAUUUAUUAUAUAUAUGGACCCACUAUACGCUCAUUUAAUCUCCAACGUUGAUAUGCUUUCUGGGUACCCAUUUUCUGGGUUCCCAGACUUAUCCUUUCCAAUUUCAGUUAAUGAACUGGAAGUGCAACCAGCCUAUCUAAAGUGUGAGCCAUGAUCAGGUUUUAGUCUAACUCAUGCUCUUCUUCUUGAACCCUUUGCCAUAUAAACUUUCACCCUAGUUGCUCCCCUUGGCUAUUAUUGUAUGGCUCCAUUUUGUAGAAAUAAAAUAUCUUAAAUUUUUGUUAUUUACGUCACGAGAAACUGAAAUGUUUCACUUGAGCAACCCGAAGACAAAUUUUUUUUGCUGUCAUGUUGAAAUUUCUUUUAACAGUAUAAACGCAGCACAAAUAAUUAGGGUAACAAUUUUCGUUUUCAAAAUUUUUAUUUUUUAUUUUCUAUUUUCCCACCCAAAUAACCACUAGGAGGGUGAAUUGAAAGAACUUAGCGUCAUGAUUAGUCAUUAUCAUUUAAAACAAUGGUUAGUUAGUAAGGAAUAAGUAAGUUGAUGGAAGAAUUUAUAUACAUUUUUUUUGCAACUGUAUAUUUUUGCUAUUGUAUGUGGUUUCUUUUUUGGGUGCCUACAAUAUCAACCAAUUUGAUGUUUUGGAAGCGGAUGCAGUUCAACUGUAAUGACCAUAGCUGAAAUCUGAUCAUUUUUUGAAAAUUGAUCAUCUCCAUAUCCACGUGACAAGGCCACUGAACUUUUUGCUGUUUUGGAAAUGUGGACAUCACGUGUUUGGUAAUAUGUCAAUGUCAAAAGAUGGGCUUUGGGUUUUUUGAGGUUCUUGUAAGGGAGAUACAUGAUAGUUGACACCUUCUAUUUGCCACUUUUGGUUUCCUUUCGGAAAACCUGUGUAACCAAUAGUGCAAGAUGGAUGCAGGUUUGUUUAUAUCCUUUAGUAAACAAGCUUGAUAAAAGUGCUGUAUGAAGAGAUGGCUUCUUUCUUUGAUUUUGAGUGUGUCUCAAGGUAUGCUGUGUCUGCUUAAUACUUGAUGUUAUUUUUACUGUUUCCUGAGUUGCCCUUAUGAAAUUUUAGUUUGUUCUAUCUCAGUCAGCAGGUGCUUGAUGUUUUUUUUAUUGUUUUUUUUAUUUUGUUGUUUAUAAUUAUGAUAUAGAUUCUUAACUUUUUUCUUGAUGAUGAAUCUUGCAAAAGAAAAUUUUCAGGAAUCAUAGGGCAUCUGAUGACAGAAAACCUAGAGUUUUCUCUACUGAGGUGCUUAUUCUAAAAAGGUGUUUAGUCAGUUUUACACUGUUUUUUAUAUAAUGUUUUUUUAAAAAAAAAAUUAAAUGUGCUUGUGAGACUUGUACUGCCAGAUUGGCUCUUUUUUUGUUUUCUUCUCCUUCAUUUUGUGCAGGAGUUUCUUCUCACUAGCUCUAGGAGCCUAGGACAUUUCUUUGGCAUAGCGGUUGGGUCGUCCAGAAGUGGACUUCUGUGUCUCAAAAGUGGUUCUUUGUGUUUGGCAUUAUUGGUAGGUUGGGAAUCAACUAAAAGUAGUAAGUUCUACCUGUUCCAAGUGUUUCUGCGUAGUGCUCUGAACUGCUUGUCAACAUAACAUUUUAAGUGUUCAAAUGCAAUUGCCCUAGUCUGAUCAAAAAAAAAUUGCAAUUGCCCUAGUACAAGUUAUACCUUUUCUAAAGUUAAUUGGACGAUUUUUCAAUUCUUUACGCUGUCUGUAACUCUGAAUAUUGCUGGUUACCACUAGGGCAUUACAUUGAUCUCAUGUAGUAAAAAAAUUUGUGAUUUAAUUGGCCAGUUACUGAGCAAGAGUGAGAGUGCCAACUUUUAGAAUGCGUAACAUUGAGAGUCUCCGAGUGUCUUUGUCAUUUAUAUUUUCAUCAUAUCUGUAUUAUUAUGUUUUUUACUAUUUAGGAUAAUAUUAAUUGUAUUUCAUAAUAUUGGUUGACCCAUCCUAGGCUCAAAACAAAAUACAUGCACAACCUCAGCAAACUCCUCCAUUGCCUACCGCCACUCUAUUCCCUCUACAUUUACCAAAACAAUUGAUGGUGUUUACCAAAAUUUUCUUAACUCCCUUCCAUUUCUGGUUGUGUUCUCCUACUCCUAACAAGAUUUUUCCAUCCAAUUUUGGACUUUUUUUUCUUCAGUUACUUAUAUCAGCUUCAAAGUAUCAUUCUCAAAUCCUUCUUCACAUGGAAUCCCAAGGAAUUUGUUGAGUCAUUUCACCCUCUCCAUAACUCACCUUUGACACCUCAGCCCCAUCCCCCAAAUCUAAAGGCAUACUGACUCGUUGCAUACUACUCAUUCUAAUUUCCCAAGUAGCACAGACACGGAUAUGGACACUAGAUACAAUGAUUCUAAAAACCUUUAGGACAUGGUCACAAUUGGGAUACGGCAAAUUUUUAUUUUAUAUUUUAUUUAAUGUGUAAAUAUAUGAAUAUAAAUUUAGGAUACAUAUAUCUAAGAGGCAUCAAUGUAUAUGGGGGUGUAUUUCUAUUGUUACUUGUUGAUGUAUAUAUAUGUCUGCUUUUAUUUUUACUGAUUCAUAAGUUGCCCCUACGACCUUUAGUUUGUUCUAUCUCAGUAGGUGCUCAAUUUUUUGGGCAAAUGACAGUAAGCCCCCCUUGAACUAUGACCCAUGUUUGAGUUGCCUCCCUAAAGUUUAAAACACAACACUUAUCCCCCUCAAUGUUUGUAACUUGCAGGAAGACUGGACGCCGUUUACGGUGAAGUUAAGUUUACUUUUUUUUUCCUUGUACGGUAUGAAUGAUGUGAUGGACAAUAUAUCUACUAAAGAUACAAAAAUGCCAUGAAAACGGCGGGUGCUUUCCCUCCAAUUCUCUGGUAUAAGAAGCAAUGGUUUACCCUAAUUUAUUUUCAUCAGAGACGAUUAACCUUAUUCUCUCUUGAUUCCAUGCAAGCAGAUCUUGGCAUUGCUUCUACAUCUUCAUUUUCUCAAAAUUGCUGAAGCAAGUAUUGAUUACUAAAGCCUAAAUUGUUGGAACUUUUUGUCUAUGCUGGUGUAAAUUUGUGUUUUAAAAUAUUUUCAGUAUAUAGAAGUGUUUUGCAAGCUUUUGAUGGAAAAAGUGGUGGAUUUACAUAUCCAUGUGUGUCGGUCUGUGGCGGAAAGUGAAAAGUAGAGACUUGUGGAUGGUUUGGUCAGUCAGUGUGGUCCCAAAUGCAUAAACCAUGCUUUCAAUGUAAUACAUGGUGAAAAACCAUGUGUUUUUUGUAUACAGACAAAAUUGGUGAGUUCUUUAAUGUUUGUUUUAUUUACUA